GAAUAAUAAUAAUAAGGUUGGUGUUGUGUGGCUUUGGAUUGUUGUGGGAAUUCAGUGUGGGUGGAGUGGAGUGGAGCUUUCUCUGCUUUGCUUUUCUGCUGCAUAUAUAAAGAAGAAGAAUAAUAAUAAUAUACUCUCUCUCACUCUUGUUUCUUUUCUGGGUAGGAAUAGGAUGAUGGUGUUAUUAACUACUUGCAUUAUUCUUGUUCUUGUUUGGAAUUGGAAUUUGAAUGGUGCCACUGCUGCCACAGAUCCAACUGAUGUUGCCUCUGUAAAGGCUAUAUUUCAAAGUGCAAAUUCAGCACCUCAACUUGGUUGGCCUGCUAAUGGUGACACUGAUGAUGAUCCAUGUGGUCAGUCUUGGAAAGGCAUUACUUGUUCAGACAACCGUGUUACUCAAAUUAAUUUAUCCAAUCUUGCUCUUACUGGAACAUUGCCUUAUGGAUUACAGGGCUUCACAUCUCUCACCAUUCUAGACAUGAGUAACAAUAAUCUUGUUGGUACUAUACCAUACCAACUUCCUCCAAAUCUACACCGCUUAAAUUUUGCGAAUAAUAACUUGACAGGGCCACUCCCUUACUCUAUUUCUAACCUCACCUCUCUCACAGACCUGAAUCUCAAUCACAAUCAGCUCCAGCAAGCACUCAAUGUCAACUUUCAAAAUUUGUCUACUCUCUCCAAAUUAGACCUCUCUUUCAAUUCUUUGACAGGUGACCUCCCUCAGACUAUGAGCUCACUAACAGGCAUAACCACCAUGUAUCUGCAAAACAACCAAUUUACAGGCGCUAUUGAUAUUCUUGCUGAUCUGCCUCUGAAUAGUCUGAAUGUAGAAAACAAUAAUUUCACUGGAUGGAUACCGGAGCAGUUGAAAAACAUAGACCUUCAGACGGGUGGUAAUGCAUGGAGCUCAGGACCUGCACCACCACCUCCUCCUGGGACACCUCUAGUACCUAAAAGCAACCAACACCACAAAACUGGUGGUGGAAGAAGUACCACUGGACAAGAUGCCAACAGUGACACAAGCAAUGAAGGCAAAAAAUCUGGAAUAGGAGGUGGUGGCAUAGUUGGAAUCGUGAUCUCCGUCAUUGUUGUUGGGGCAAUUGUAGCAUUCUUUCUUGUGAAGAGAAAAUCCAAGAAGUCAUCUUCCGAUUUAGAAAAACUGGGGAAUCAGUCUACCGUUCCUCUUCCUUCAAAUGAAGUGCCUGAAGUUACAUCUGUGCAGACUUCUCCCGUAUUUGACUUGAAGAAGUUUGACUCUUCUGCCUCAAUAAAUCUCAUACCCCCACCUAUCGAUCGUCAUAAAUCAUUUGAUGACAACGAAUUCUCAAAAAAAACCACUAUUGUCAAGAAGACUAUAACAGCUCCUCCAGAUUUGCAAUCAUAUUCUAUAGCCGAUCUUCAAAUUACUACUGGCAGCUUCAGUGUGGAUCAUCUCGUUGGUGAGGGGUCUUUUGGGCGUGUGUACCAUGCACAAUUUGAUGAUGGAAAGGUUCUUGCAGUGAAGAAAAUAGAUUCAUCUGUCCUUCCCAAUGAUUUUUCAGAAGAUUUUAUAGAAAUAGUGUCAAACAUCUCCUGUUUACAUCAUCCAAAUGUAACUGAGCUUGUAGGUUAUUGCUCGGAGCAUGGACAACACCUCUUAGUUUACGAGUUUCAUAAAAAUGGAUCACUGCAUGACUACCUUCAUGUGUCAGAUGAAUACAGUAAACCAUUGAUAUGGAAUUCCCGUGUUAAGAUAGCUUUGGGGACUGCACGUGCUUUAGAGUACUUGCAUGAAGUUUGUUCUCCAUCAGUUGUGCAUAAGAAUAUUAAGUCAGCCAAUAUACUACUUGAUGCAGAGCUUAAUCCUCAUCUUUCAGACUGUGGAUUGGCAAGCUAUAUUCCAAAUGCAGAGCAGAUACUAAACCAUAAUGUUGGAUCUGGAUAUGAUGCACCUGAAGUUGCGUUGUCUGGUCAGUAUACCUUUAAAAGUGAUAUCUACAGCUUUGGGGUUGUCAUGUUGGAGCUUCUGAGUGGACGCAGACCAUUUGAUAGCUCAAGGGCAAGACAAGAGCAGUCUUUGGUUCGAUGGGCAACACCCCAGCUUCAUGACAUUGAUGCAUUGGCUAAAAUGGUUGAUCCUACGCUGAAAGGGUUAUAUCCUGUUAAAUCUCUAUCACGUUUUGCUGAUGUUAUUGCUCUUUGCGUACAGCCGGAGCCUGAAUUUCGACCACAAAUGUCAGAGGUGGUUCAAGCACUGGUACGAUUAGUGCAGCGAGCUAACAUGAGCAGGCGGACAUUCACAUUUGGAAGUGAUCAUGGAGGAUCCCUACGAGGAAGUGAUGAGCCAGCUAUACGAGACAUCUAAUUUUGUGUUGCUACAAUUACAAAAGUCCUCAAAAGCUAAUGUUGCACUAAUCACAUUUUUUCCCUGUUUUUCUAACACCUCAAAUACGUCUUUCUAAGUUAGAUUGGUUGCACAUUUUUCUAACCAAGUUAAGACAGACAAUGGGUGUUGCAUGAUAUUUGAGUUGCUAUUUUCUUUUUGUGAUAUAGAGUAAAUCAUUUAAGGAACUGGUUGCAAAGUUGAAACUCACUUUAGGUUGAUGUUAGUUUUUCCACCUAUCUAUUGUAAUGAAAAGAAGGAACAAGAUUGAUGCUCUGUUCGGUCA